AUGAUUCGCAUUUGUUGUUUCUGUAGUUGUCUGAAGAGUGCAGGCAACCGGGGACAACUGUUCAAUGUGAAGUCGAUGUAUCCCCUCGGGCUGGGAAACUUUCCAACAUUGGUGCAAAAGCACUUCAAUGGGGCCGAAUCUGGGGUGCUUGCAAUAUGGUUGAAGGGCAUUUGUCUGAAGAUAGCCGCAGAUGAUCCAACCAAUGAACAUGCGGCGCUCCGCGCAGCAAUUUUUGUGAAUCUGGUUUUGAUGAGGGAAGCAAUCUCCCCGAAGAAUUGUGGAAGAUAUCCCAUCAUCUUGCCUCGACAAAACCUGGCUGCACUUCAGCGAUCACAUUUCCUUUUCAGAUCUGCGCACAAUCGAUUGGCUGUGGAGGCCAUUGAACAGAAAAGAAUGUUAUGGAAAGUCAGGCCGAAAAUGCACAAGCUAGAACAUCUAGUAUCCGAUGCUGCGCAAUGGUUGAACCCGAUGGUGGUAAGCUGCUAUGCUGAUGAGGAUUACAUCGGCAAGAUUAAGGGACUCGCUAAGCGAAGCCACCCUUUGGGUCUUGGCAGACAAUGCCUGGACAGGUAUGCAGCAUAUGUUUGCUGCCGUUGGUUGAGGCAAAUGGGUGAGAAGUGA